AUGUGUAAGGUUCAAUCUUUCCUUAUCAACACCGGGUUUGCAAGGUAUAUAACAUAUUCUAUUUCUCGUAUAAACUCGGCCUCUAACAGCUCCUUCACAUUUUCUUCGAAUUCUCAUAACAUUGACGAAGUUGUCUCCUCUUUCAUGUCCGCUCUCGCUAAGCGUCAUCCUCCCUCUGUAAUUGAAUUUAAAAAGAUUUUGGGGUCUAUUGUUAAGAUGAAAGCAUACCCUACUGCUCUUUCACUCUUUACUCUUAUGGACUCUAAGGGAAUCACUCUUUCCAUUAUUAGUUUGAACAUCUUGAUCAAUUGUUACUGCCACUCGGGUCGGAUGGAUUUUUCUUUUUCUGUAUUGGGUAAGAUUAUCAAGAUGGGUUACGAAAUGGAUACCAUAACUUCGACAACCCUAAUAAAAGGACUCUGUCUAAAUGGAAAGAUUAGGGAAGCUCUGGAAUUUCAUGACAGGGUGAGAGCAUUAGGAUUUCGGCUCGAUGAGGUUAGUUACGGGACAUUGAUAAAUGGGUUAUGUAAAAUGGGAGAAGUAAGAGCUGCCGUUGAGUUGCUGCUAAAGCUGGAGAGGCAACCGAUUAGGCCCAAUUUAGUAAUGUACAAUACAAUCAUUGAUGGCUUAUGCAAAGAUGGGCUUUUAACUGAGGCAAACAAUUUGUUUUCUAAGGUAAUUGCCCAGGGAAUUUCUCCUGAUGUAGUAACAUACAAUUCUCUAAUUCAUGGUUUCUGCUGUGUCGGUCAAUUGAAAGAAGCAACUCGAUUGCUGAAUGAAAUGGUUGAACAAAACAUCAACCCAAACCUAUAUACACUUAACAUUUUGAUUGAUGCAUUAUGUAAAGAAGGAAGAAUGAUAGAAGCCCACAAGAUAUUUGAUAUGAUGUUGGAAAGAGGUCCUAAGCCUGAUGUUGUGACUCACAGUGCUUUAAUGGAUGGAUACUUUUCAAUCAAUAAAGUGAAUGAGGCAAGAGAGCUAUUUGAUGAUAUGGACAAAAUAGGUUUGACACCAAAUGUUAAUAGUUAUACCAUUAUGAUUAAUGGAUAUUGCAAAAAUAAAAUGGUGGAUGAAGCUGUAACUCUCUUUAAAGAAAUGCGUCAUAAGAAUUUAUUUCCAAAUAGUGUAACAUACAAUUCUCUUAUUGAUGGCUUGUGCAAAUCUGGGAGAAUAACAUGUGUGCAAGAUAUUUUAGAUGAGAUGUAUCAACAUGGUCAAACCCUUAAUUUAAUUACUUACAAUAUAUUGUUAGAUGCUCUAUGCAAAGCCCAACACCUUGACGAGGCAAUUGCAUUAUUUCAUAAAAUUGUUAACAAAGGAAUACGUCCAAAUAUGUACGUAUACAAUAUUCUUCUGAAUGGUUUGUGCAAAGGGGGAAGACUAAAGACUGCAGAAGAGUUUUUUCAUCAUCUUUUGAUCAAUGGCUAUAAUCUAGAUGUUCGGACUUAUACUAUUAUGAUCAAUGGAUUAUGUAAACACGGCUUGACUGAUGAAGCAACAACUUUAUUUUCAAAAAUGAAAGUCAACGAUUGCCUGCCUAAUGCUGUAACUUACGAAACAGUUAUUCGUGCUCUUCUAAAUAAAAAUGAGAAAGAAAAGGCAGAGAAGCUUCUUCGUGAAAUGAUCAAUAAAGGCCUGCUAAAGGUAGAGAACUUG